AUGCCACCAUUCCAAGUGCCAAUUGACGGAUUAUGGCGUUGUUUAUGCCCAUCGAUAGACGCUAUAGCACUUUCGUGCCAUAGGUCUCCAAUACGCGCUGCUGCAAGGCCAAUAGUUCGCAUCUGUCGCAACAAUAGAUUCGAUCCCAAUCCCCAACCUCGACGUUUUCACAGCUCCGAUCGAACAAGAUGGCAAAUCAGCCCAGAGCGUGGGUCAACUCAGAACUCAGGAACAUCAGCCAGACCUGAUUCCACCACCUCUCUGCUAGUAGACAUUGGGCAAGAUGCGUCACGAUGGGCGAACCCAGGCAGGAGAGGGAAGGGAUCUAUACAUGACAAACUUGCAAACCUCGAAAUGGUGCCCAGCAACUUAAUUUAUGAUCGCCUGCGCGCUUGGUGGGGGAGAGAAGGAGCUUUUCACGACAUACUAGGUUUAGUAGAGUAUUUGGUUCUUGUUAGAGGCGAGAAGCCAGAUGCGCAAUAUGGUAGCGUUGAAGCGGUCUUGGCCAUUCACCCAGACUAUCUCCUUCGCAACGAAAUAUUGCAAGAAAUGAAGGAACGAUGGCUCGGCCUCUCGCCCGAUGGUUGGCACAAUCUGGUUGUAGGCUUGCUACGGGAUCGGCAGAUUGAAAUUGCGGUAGAUAAACUGGAACAGAUGCAGAUGGACCAAAUAACUAUCCAACCGUGGCUAUAUGAGAUUACAUUAUACAAGCUUUGUGAGGUUGGAGAACUUGACCAAGCUCUUCAAAUACUUGUUCAUUGUUUCCAACAUGACAGAAAGAGAAUAUCUCAAGCAGUGUGGUACUUUCUCUUGGACAAAUUUAGUGGCGCGUUUCAUUACGAGGGCACGAAUUAUAUCUGGAAGCUUCGGGUCAUCCACAAUCACUUAUAUCCUUCCGAUGGCAUAUGUGCGAAUGUCAUAAAUCUUGCAGCACGUUUUGGAGAUUCUGCACUCGCAACAUCAGCGACGGGCAUCCUGUCUUCACGUCGCACCGCUCUUACACCCCUCCACUACGAAUCUCUUCUAGCAUCUUAUGCCAAGGCGGGUGACCUUAAUACUGCCUUUCGCGUGCUAGGUAUCAUGGCCGCCGCCGGCUUUCGACCAGACUCUGGGAAUACUCGUCCUCUCUUUGAGUAUCUUUCUGGUUCCAUUUCGAGACCUCCUGAGGCCUGGGAAGUUCUAAAAGGCCAUUUCGAGGAUGGCCACACUAUCCAGGUAGCAGGCAUCAACGUCAUUAUAGAAGCACAUAUUGCACAACAGCAAUUUGAGCAGGCUUUAGAAGUUUACAAGCAACUUCACAUCAUUUGUGAAACCGGCCCCAAUAUCGAGACCUUCAACAUACUCUUGCAGGGAGCUGAAAGAUCAAAGCUGAAAGAAUCGGCCAUGUUUCUAGCUUCCGAAUUGGUGGCACUCGGUAUCAAGCCAGACCACCUGACGUACGAUCGCCUUAUUAUGGUAUGCCUAAAUGAGAAAGACUAUGAAGAUGCUUUUAAUUAUCUGGAAGAGAUGGUUGAGGUUGGAAAAGAUAAAUUUGAGGACAGUGGACGCAAAGGUUGGUGGAUGAGGAAAGGCACGGCGCUCGCGAUGGCCCAGCAGUGUGCAACACACAACGAUAUGCGCGGCAAACAAAUAUUGGAACAGGCGGUGGAGAGAAACUUAAUUGAUGACUGGUACGCAAAUAAACUGUACGAAGAACUUUACGGCGACGUUAGGCCACAUAAAUGGGACUUCGCAGAGACCUCCCCAACACCAACAUCCGAAGUCAACGUUCAACGUGCGUACGAAGCGAGAGACGCUGCCUAG